AUUGAAGUCUAUCAGACGCAGCGAGCUGAUGAAUGUUUUAUCGACGUUGACUGUCCAGCGCAAUGUACAUGUCACGGCACAGUUGUCGACUGCAGGCAUUGGAUCAUUAUUCUUUCCUAUCGUAAUGACACAAAGCUUCAAAUAUUCAUGGCAAGCACAGUGGUAAUGGAUGGCGAUAACAAUAAAGGUCUAACAGAGGUGCCAGGCGAGAUUCCUCACUUUGCGACAGAGCUAUACCUCAAUAGGAACAGAAUCUCGAUUGUCAGUGCUGCUUCUGGCCUGUCAAAACUUCGGAACUUGCUGAAGCUGGACCUUUCAUUCAACAAUAUAAUUGCUGUAGAAGAGGGUAGCCUUGCAGAUAUGAAAUCCCUGCGCGACUUAUUGACAUCUGCACUUUACAGAAACCUCUCGCAUAACAAACUACGACACUUCUUCAGUGCCGUCCUUGGAUCGUCUAACAUACUGGAAGUACUGCAAAUUGGAGGUAACGACCUUCCAUGCGAUUGUCAAGUUUUGCCAUUGGUUGAAUGGAUGAGAGCCAAUGCAACGAGAACCGUUGAAGCUGGUCAGUGCACUCGACCAGCGGAGAUGUUGGGGAAAAAUUUGGACGAUCUCAAGAAGGAAAACAUGAAAUGCUCAGAUAUUGUGCAAAGUGCUUGUGCUGGAAAUGGAGAUUACUGCCCCGUAGGCUGCACAUGUCAGGAUACUGUAGUUCGCUGCUCAAACAAGGUUAGCCAUUCAUAA